UCUCCGGCCUAAAUUGGAGAGAGAGAGAGAGAGUGUGUAAAAAAGGAUAAGAGAUAUACUAAAUCAGUGUGAAGGAAGGGAGAGCUUUAAUUCAAUCCAUGGCGUCAAGAAUCUGGCUGGUUGUGAUCUUCAAUGUCAUUGCUUUUUCCCUGGCUGUUGCGGCUGAGCUUCGGAGAAGCACCGCCACAGUCAAACCGGACUCUGAAUUCAAUUACAACUACUGUGUCUACAACUCAGGCAUUUCUACUUGGUAUGGUGUUGGUGCGAUGUUGUUCGUCAUGGCUAGUCAACUGCUCAUUAUGGUUUCCAGCCAAUGUUUCUGCUGCGGGAAGGCUUUGAAACUUGGAGGUUCAAGGGCUUGUGCAGUUCUUCUUUUCAUAACCUGCUGGAUGUUUUCCAUCACGGCAGAGGUGUGGUUGCUGGCGGCUUCAGUGACUAAUGCCCACCAAACUAAGUACCGAACGAUUUUCAGUGCAGGGUCUGCAGACCCUCUCUUCUGCCAGACCAUGAGAAAAGGAGUUUUUGCAGCGGGGGCAGCUUUCAUUUUCUUGAAUUGUAUUGUCUCUGAGCUUUACUAUGUGUGCUUUUCCGAGGCCAGGGAAAUCUCCGAAUCAUAUGAGGGAGAGGCUGGUAUUGCUCUAAUUAAGUAAAUAACUAAGCUCGUUUAUGGCGAUAAUGAGCAUCGUAUUGUGCUAUCUGCAACUGUGUCAACUCUCAGCAAUAAAUUUGAUCGCUUCAUGCUGCCUGUAUUGGUGUGAUUUGCCUUUCGGGAGUUUAAUCUAGUUAGAGACAGCUUGUCUUGUAGUACUUUGUUUCAUAACUCUGUUUCAAUGUUCUUCUAAACUUCUCCAUUCGUAUUUUCGUGUCUGGUGAAGCUCUUGUAACUUGUAUCCAUUACGGUAUAUUGUUUUCUUUUCCUUCACAAUGUACUAUAAAAUUACAAAAAGUUACUUAUGGGUGUGAUAGUAUCCAUUGUUUUCUAAGUGAAAAA